UGGACCGGAACCAAAUUUCCCAGCCCUCGAAGAAUCUGUAUCGAGGCGAGGAAAGCAAGCGGGGUCACCGGGUACCCCUUCUCGGGGACCAAGAGCGCUGAGUCAGCGUAACCCGAGCAGCCUAGUGAGCGCUAUGCCCCCGCCCCCUGACUUGCGCCCCGCCCCGGGAGAGGGCCAGCCCGGCAGCCCAGAGCAGCAGCCGGAGUGCGUGCGACAGCUAGGCCAAGCAACAGCGCGGCUGCCCAGGGUGCAGCAUGACGGCCAUCGGCGCACAGACCCAGAGGCUGUUGGGCCCUAAGAGGCCCCACCGGUCCUUCUUUGAGUCCUUCAUCCGGACACUCAUCAUCGUGUGCACGUCCCUGGCUGUGGUCCUCUCUUCAGUAUCUAUCUGCGACGGCCACUGGCUCCUGAUGGAGGACCGUCUCUUUGGGCUGUGGUACUUCUGCACCAUCAGCAACCACAGCGGUCCACACUGCCUGAGAGACUUGAACCAGGCUCACGUGCCUGGGUUGGCAGUGGGCAUGGGCCUAGCACGCACUGUGGCUGCCAUGGCUGUGGUGGCUGCCAUCUUUGGCUUGGAGCUUCUCAUUGUGUCCCAGGUGUGCGAGGAUGUCCGCUCACGGCGCAAGUGGGCCAUCGGUUCUUACCUCCUGCUGGUCGCCUUCGCCCUCUCCUCUGGGGGCCUCCUCACCUUCAUCAUCCUCCUCAAGAGUCAGAUCACCUUCAUGGGCUUCACCCUGAUGUUUUGGUGUGAGUUCACCGCUUCCUUCCUCUUCUUCCUCAAUGCCACCAGCGGCCUUCACAUUAACAGCCUCACGCAGCCCUGGGACCAGCUAAGAAAAGUCUAAGACCCCGCUAGGGGCCCUAGCUUCUAUAAGAAAGUGUGGUCAUGAUGGGACUUCUCUGACACAGGACCUCUGGCUGGAAUUGAGUGGGACAAUGACCUUGAAGCUGCCUCUUAGACGAUAAGCUCUACAAAUGGUCCUGGGCUGGGGGGUCUCUUCAACUUCCCCCCAGGCCAGAGGCCAGAGGAGUGCCUCAGUACCACAGGACACAAGCCGAAGAGGUUAGCCAAGCUUUUAAGAUGUCAAUUUUAAAAUAAGAAGAAUGUUCUAAAACUUC